AUGGGUUCCUCAGUAGAUAUUUCCGACUACUCCGAUACCAACAAGGCCGUGGGAACCGACAAUGAAAAGGGCGAGAAGUUCUUCGCCGCUCCUCCCCAGUACGAUGGAGACAUGAUUGGGGAGAUGAGCGAGGCGGAGAGACACAUCUAUGAGCACGGUGUGCAGAAAUUCAGCCGUCUCGGAUGGAAGCGUCUCACCAUCGUGCUCAUCGUGGAGGCCAUCGCGCUUGGUAGUCUGUCCAUCCCCUCGUCCUUCGCUACGCUGGGUAUGGUCGCCGGUGUCAUCUGCUCUGUCGGUCUUGGGUUCAUCGCCAUCUACACCAGCUAUGUCGUCGGUCAGGUCAAGCUCAAGUUCCCUCAAGUCGCCCACUAUCCCGAUGCUGGAAGGCUCAUGUUCGGCCGCUUCGGCUAUGAAUUGAUCAAUGUCAUGCUCAUCCUCCAGCUUAUCUUCCUGACUGGCUCACACUGUCUGACCGGCACCAUUGCCUUCACCAACAUCACCGAGAGUUCCAUCUGCUCGGUCGUCUUCGGUGUCGUGUCUGCCAUCAUCCUGCUGCUGGUCGCCAUCCCUCCCAGUUUUGCCGAAAUGGCGAUUCUGGGCUACGUCGACUUUGUUUCGAUUAUUGCCGCCAUCGGUAUCACCAUCAUUGGUACUGGCAUCAAGAGCUCCGAUGCCCCCGGGGGUCUGUCCGGAGUGGAGUGGUCGGCCUGGCCCAAGGAAGGGACCACCUUCACUGAUGCCUUCAUCGCCGUCACCAACAUCGUUUUCGCGUACAGUUUUGCCAUGUGCCAGUUUUCCUUCAUGGAUGAGAUGCACACGCCCAAGGACUUUGUCAAGUCGAUCUGGGCGCUGGGUCUGGUGGAAAUCUUCAUCUACACCAUCACUGGUGCGCUGAUCUACGCCUUUGUUGGCAUGGACGUGCAGAGCCCUGCUCUGUUGUCUGCUGGACACACUCUCAGCCGUGUGGCUUUCGGUAUCGCCUUGCCCGUCAUCUUCAUCAGUGGCUCCAUCAACACCGUCGUCUGUGGUCGUCUGAUCCACGGACGCAUCUUCAAGAACUCGCACAUCCGCUUCAUCAACACCACCAUGGGCUGGGCCACCUGGCUCGGUAUCAUCACCGUCAUCACCAUUGUCGCGUUCAUCAUCGCGGAGGUGAUUCCUUUCUUCUCCGACCUGCUGUCCAUCUCCUCUGCCCUCUUCAUCUCGGGCUUCACCUUCUACUUCCCUGCGCUGAUGUGGUUCCUCCUCAUCCGCGAGGGCAAGUGGAACGAGCCUAAGAACUUGGCCCUCGGUGCCUUGAACCUCCUCGUCCUGGUCAUUGGUCUCGUCACCCUGGUCGGUGGGACCUACUCCAGUAUUGAUGACAUUAUCCUCAACUACAAGGCAGGCACUGUUAGAGGUGUUUUCACCUGCCACAUGGUCUAA